AUGAAAAGGGAAUUUUCUGCAGGUGCUGUUGCUCUUAAACAACAUUGUCAUAAUGUUAUAGAUGCACUUGGUGCGAGAACUCCACCUGAAGCUUUUCUCUUUCGUGGAAACGCCUACUUUGGACUUGGACAACCCUAUUUUGCCUUAGCUGACUACAAUACCGCUGGACAAGUACUGCAGUUAUCUGGUCGACAUCAACAGCGUUGUUAUGAGGCGAUUCAUCACUUUCCAGAAUUCCAAGUUGGUACUUAUCCAGCAGAUAGUUCCCAUCUUCACCUCUAUGUAUAUCCAUAUCUUCAUGAGAAGUGUGAAGUAAGGGAAAUAGAUACAGGGAUUGGACGUGGUAUUGUAGCGAAGGAAUCUCUUAAGGAGGGAAGUGUUAUUAUUCGUAGGGCUCAUCCAUGGUUACGAUAUUCCAUUGAUGAUGGUCUUUGUGCUCUCUGUGCACAACCAUUACCUGAACGUUUCUUUACCUGUACAAAUCCUAAAUGUCAUGAAGAGUAUUGUAGUCGAGAUUGUAGAACCAUAGCCCUUUCUCUUUAUCAUAGCCGUACAUGUUAUUUAGAAGGUUUUCAAGCCCUUGAACUGGAUAUUUAUACACAAAUGAAAAAUUCUAAUAGUAGUACAGAAAAAAAUGCUGCCGCUGCACAAUUAUUGAUGUUACGUGUAUUAGCUGUUUCUUUACAACAACAAGUUAUUCCAUCUGCUUUAAGUGAAUUACGUAUUCUUUCUGGUCGUUUACUAUUUAGUCCAAAAAUUCUUUCAAGUUCAUUUCUUGAAAUUUAUGAACGAUUUACUCGUUCUUGUCAUACGACGACAUCUAUUACAUAUGAAGAAAUGAUUGGAACGUUAGCACGAGUAACGGCAAAUUGUUUUCAUCGUGAAAAUUGUAUUGAAUUACAUCUUCCACGAUCCAUGUUAAAUCAUUCCUGUAAUGCUAAUAUUGCAGAAGAUAUUAUGACAGGAGAAUUAAAAACAAUAAGAGGAGUAACAAGUGGGGAAGAGUUAACUAUAAAUUAUUACCCUCAACUGAAACACAUGGGGUAUAAGGAGAGAUCAGAAGAACUUGAAAAACGCGGAUUCAUGUGUGGUUGUCAUUAUUGCAAAAAUAAAAUAUAA